GUCCAGCUAGCAGGAUUAUGGAUCCAUCCCUCAUAUCUGCGCCAGUGCCAAGUGGAAGGGCGGAAUCUCCGUUUUCAGCAGAGAAUUCGCCACAUGUGGCCCCGGCCAGGAGAAGACAGGCAUCAAGUCCCGUGCGCCUCAGUGGUUGUCGACACCAACUGCACGUCUCAGCUGGAGGCGGCCCCAUUUGGCGCAACGCUUCCCAGGGUAGCCAGUGCACGCCACCUUCUCAGAGGCCACCACCAACAGAGGCUUGCUUCAGUGAGUCAACUUCCAAUCUUCGACCUCGCAUGGACUCGGCAAUGACCUUUGGAGGGUCACGGAUGGACGGCGACACAUCGUUGGCCUUUAGCAGCAUUGGUGGUCCAUCAAGGUCAUUGCGGCCGCCACCUAUGGGCUCAAUUGUUCCCAGUCGUGAGGCGGCGCCUCCCGCAGUGAGUCCUUCUCCCCGCAGAGUGGACGUGAGAGCCCGCAGAAUCUGCCGCCUGAGGGGUCAAUUUCCCCACAGCAGAUGCAACAGUUGCCGAGUUUCCCCAUGGGACCAACUUCUAUGGCAAAUGGGUCCUUUGCACCACAAAGCCUGGUGCAGGGCUCAAGUUCCCUACAGCAUUUACCGCUUCCACCGCAGGGAUCCAUUUCACCACACAACUUUCCGCCACAGGGCUCCCAGAAUUCCGCAGGGCUCCAUUGCACCGCAGAACUUCCCACCACAAGGUUCCAUUGCACCACAGAGCUUUCCACCGCAAGGUUCCAUCGCUCCCAGAAUGCCUCCGCACGGCUCCAUUGCACCGCAGAACUUCCCACCACAAGGCUCCAUUGCACCACAGAGCUUUCCACCGCAAGGUUCCAUCGCUCCCAGAAUGCCUCCGCAGGGCUCCAUUGCACCGCAGAACUUCCCACCACAAGGUUCCAUUGCACCACAGAGCUUUCCACCGCAAGGUUCCAUCGCUCCCAGAAUGCCUCCGCAGGGCUCCAUUUCACCACAGAACUUCCCACCACAAGGUUCCAUUGCACCACAGAGCUUUCCACCGCAAGGUUCCAUCGCUCCCAGAAUGCCUCCGCAGGGCUCCAUUGCACCGCAGAACUUCCCACCACAAGGUUCCAUUGCACCACAGAGCUUUCCACCGCAAGGUUCCAUCGCUCCCAGAAUGCCUCCGCAGGGCUCCAUUGCACCGCAGAACUUCCCACCACAAGGCUCCAUUGCACCACAGAACUUUCCACCACAAGGCUCUUUGACCAUUCCACCAACUGGCUCUUUUACACCACCAGGAGGAGCAACGCCUCAAUUUCGGCCCCCCACGGCCGCGUAGGGAUGUGAGAGUCGGCCUUGGUGCAAGCUCAGUAGCAAAGAAUUUCUACUAGCACCGGCUGUAGAGAUCCUCCAUUCGCGCUUCCCGCUGCGUGCGGAGAGCAUGCAAAUGUCUCGAUGUGGCGGAACUUGCCAACAUCAAAUCUGAUCAAAA